UGCCGACGUCAACAUUCAGCAGACUUCCGAUUAUGGCAGCGGAGGACACUUCAUGGGUAUUCGACUCCCUGGUGGGUUUCCUCCAAGGGCCCAUCUGGAACGCUCCCGUGCUGACGUUCAUCGAGCAGAAAUGCGCAAUUUUCGACACAGGAGACACAGAGCACGAAGAAGAAUAUCGAAAGGUUCACGAUGAAUACAAAGACUUGGUAGAUGUUAUGCUCCAAAGUCACAUGGAAGAUAUUGGUAUUACUCCAGAACAAUUCGAAGAAGCUUGCGGUCAGAGGAAUAUCGGAAAAGUGAACUUCCACGAGAGCCUUUUUGAACAAGUGUGGGCUGCCAACGAUUACGAAAUCUUCAAACGAAUGAUGAUACAGAAGAAUUUGGAGUUACAAUUACAAGCAUUGGAGAUGAUUCAGCAAAAAUAUGGUAUCACUCCACAAUCGUAUUUACCCGAUGACGAAACAAAAUUGCCUGCAGAAGAAGCACAAAUCAUGGAAGAGGUUUUGAAGAAGACGGUGGAGGAGUACAAGGCGGCCAGCGCCAUUGCCGACGAGGGGACGCGCGAGUUGGAGCAGAGCCUCAUUUCGGAGGAGCGGCAGCGCCUGGAGGCGGAGUGCCGGCGCGAGAAGAGCCUGCUGCAGUCGGCCAUCCUGCAGACCGCGGAAGCUGACGCCGAGGUACCAGAGGCGGACCGGGCACCUGCUGGCGAAACGAUCAGCAAUACUGCGGUAGUGCAGGAAGAUAGAGUGGACGCGGAGGAGGUGGCGCGCCGCCAGCAGUACCUGCGCGCGCAGCGGGACAAGCUGCUGCUGCUCAAGAAGCAGGAGCGCGAGAAGAAGCUGCGCGCCGCAGCGGCCGGCAGCGCCGAGCGGCCGCGGUCCGCGCGGGCCGCCAGGGCGGCGCUGUCGUCGGGUGGCGCCAGCGCCGGUGGCGCCAGCUGCGCGCCUGACGGCGACAAGGCCGGCGGCGCAGACAGCGCCAACUUGCAGGUGCGCCGCGCGCUGGCGCGCAGGCUCAAGUCCGAGGUGGUGGGCGCGCCGUAGGGCCGCGUCCUGCUGCCGUCGUAACUCUCUAAUACGUGGCUCCCUUUCUUUCAAAAUGCGUAAAAGUUUUAUUCUUUGAAACAUCAUCAGCCACAUGUGAAGAUACCGAUUUCAGCGACGUGCAUCACAUACAAGGUGUUUAUAAAGUACCAUCGCUAUUCCUGCAACAAAAUUUGAGUAAAAACAUCUGUACUUAAACCAUUAUCAGGGUCAGUUACUCUUGAUGGCCCCUGGUAUCUGUAUAGUCAGAAACUUACUGGCAGAUUAAAACUGU